UGCAAAAAUAUUUACAACCCCUCCUCUUUUCCUCUAUAUAAUGGGGCUCCAGUUCACUGCCCCACUUACCUUUCACUUCUCGUCACAUCCACUCUCACGAUCUGUCUUUCUUGCCUGAAUUUGUAUUGAUCGAGAAAAGAGGGAAGUAAGAGCACAACCCUCCAUCAUGGCACUAAAGAAGGACAAGGUUUCCAGAAUCGAUCGUGCUAAGAAGCAGCCUCUCAGGUCAUCUUCGCGUAAGAGGACUCUCGAGAGCAUAAGGAGAGCGAGUCUGAAGCGCCGGGGGCUGGAGAUGGCUGAAAAUAGUGCUCGCAGAGCCUCUUCCGUGAGUCUCACUCAUGAAGAAAUCAUGGCCAGUCUGACCCUAUUGGAGGCGGAAAUGGCGGAGAGGAAGCCUCAACGAGGCUCGUCGAAGAGGAAGAUUCUUAAGAAAAGAUGGAUUGUUCUGAAACGCCUGAAACGUGGGGCGGCAGAGCUGAGAGCAAGCAUGCGUUCGGAGGCAGAGAAUCGAGAGAAGGAGAUGGAGGCAGAGUAUCGAGAGAAGGAGAUGGACCGGGAGAGAGUGAAGAAAGAGGUGAUGAGGGCCUUCGAUGAGUGGCUGGCCACUGCACUCGAUGCGUUAGAAACAAAUUCCUCUGAAGAGAUUCCGGAGGCAGUUUUUGCAGGUCAGUUGAAGAUGUAAUGUGUCAGCCAAAGAGGGUUUUGUAAGUACUUAUUAUAGUAUUUUAUGGAAUAAUGGUUGUUCUUCCUCAACAACCUUAAGCUUGCAUGAGAACCACGAAUAUCUUAGAUAAUAUUCAUGUGUGUGGUAUUUAAUCGAGAUUUCGAGUUCAAGGCUCUCCA